AUGGUGCAAGGCAAUGGUGAUAUAGGCAUCAACGGAUCUGUAUUGUCGCCUCGAGAGAACUCACUAUGCGCACAGAUGAUCGCCAAUGUACUGGAAUCAUCUCCGGGAAGUCUUAGCACACGCGACAAAUUUUCCACUGCUUAUUCCACCGAUUUGACAAAAUUCGAAGAUGCAAAGACGACUGACAAAAACGACGGUAGAUCAACGAAAUCAGCGAACGAUACAUUGGAUUCGAACAAAUCAACGCCAUUCAUACAGAUUCCGUACCAGCCGCCAUCAUCGGACUCGCUUGCGCUUGGUACAACACCCGAGUAUCAGGAAAUUCUAGAUGUAGCGGAAGGUACACAGCUCGGUUUGUUUCACUGUUAUCCUAAAGCAAGGCAGUGUCAAGGUCGUUAA